AUGAGUGAUGAUUGGGCAGGAAGUCUAAAAGACAAUGCUACUAUUGAGUGUGAUGAUAACGGUGCUGAGUUCUUCGAAGUUGAAAUCAACUCUUUCAUGGACGAAGUUAUUCAUAACCCUGAUUUGACAUUCCCUCAAGGUUUAUCUUGGGGAUAUUUGUCGUCAUCGACAUCUGGUGCCUUAAUUGUUGCACAAUUAAGUCAUUUCGAGUGUGGAGGAAUCGCGCUUAGUCUUUGCAUGUCCCACAAGGUGGGAGACGCGUGCAGCGCUUACUACUUCUUGAGGGAUUGGGCUAGGUUAACUCGAGAUCCAAAAUUAACAUUAUCUCCUCCAUACUUUGUUCAGGAUUCACUAAUGCCAUCAGUACCAUUUGAUGUUCCUCUGUUUUCCCCUGUUAUUGAGCCAAAAAGGAUAGAUGUAUUCAAAAGAGGAAGUCUAAAAACCAAUGCUACUAUUGAGUGUGAUGAUCAUGGUGCUGAGUUCUUCGAAGUCGAAAUCAACUCUUCCAUGGAUAAAGUUAUUAAUCACCCUGAUUUGACAUUCCUUCAAGUUUUAUCUUGUAGGGAUUCGUCGUCAUCAACAUUUGGUCCCUUAACUCUUGCACAAUUAAGCCAUUUCGAGUGUGGAGGAAUCGCUCUUAGUUUUUGCAUGUUGCACAAGGUGGGAGACGUGUGCAGCGCUUACUACUUCUUGAGGGAUUGGGCUAGGUUAACUCGAGAUCCAAAAUCAACAUUAUCUCCUCCAUACUUUGCUAAGGAUUCACUAAUGCCAUCACCAUUUGAUGGUCCUCUGCUUUCCCCUGUUGUCGAGCCGAAAAUGGAAGGAUGUAUCUAUAAGAGGUUCAUUUUCUCCGAAUCCAAGAUAAACACGCUUAAAUCCUUGGUUGCUGCAGAAUCCAUGGUACAAAAUCCAACGAGGAAUGAGGUCGCGAGCGCCCUCAUCUAUAAAUGUGCCGCUUCUUCCUCUACUUCUAAUUUAGGGCGAUCUCAGUUAGUCCUAACCUCAAACUUACGAAGUCAGGCAAGUUCACAACCACCACUACCACCAACCACCAUAGGAAAUAUGGUCACUAUAUUUUCCAUACCAAUAUAUGAAAACUACGAACGAGAGCUCAGAUUGCCAAAAUUAGUAACUGAUAUAAGAAAGUCCAAACACGACCUCUCCACUAGAAACAAUCUACAAGAAAAUGAAUUGGUCAUAGAGAUGUUGGAUGCAUAUAAAACAGGGAAAUUGCCAUUACAACAAAGGAAUUGCGAUGUUUAUAUAACUACUAGUACAUUAGCAUUCGAAUUCGAAAAAUUAGAUUUUGGAUUUGGAAAACCUACAGCAAGCCAAGGAAUUGGUCCAAUUAGCAACUUUUUUAUCUUAACGAAUACACCUGACGAUGAUCAUGACAGAGGAGUUGAAGCGUUUGUCAACUUGAAUGAACAUGACAUGUCUGUUUUCAAGAAUGACAAAGACCUCCUCCAAUUUGCUAUUCCAGUUUAA